AUGCCCUUUAGCUUCGCGGAUUUAGUGUUCACGGGGGAGAGGAUUGAAGUAGGCUUGAAGAGAGGGGAGUUUGAUUAUGUCUCCCUCGCCGACACAAACAAUAGAAGGAUCGGAGUAGCUGGGGCAAAAAGAAAGGAAGGGGAUGCCCAUGCCAUCACCUCGUCACCUUCUUGGCCAAAGCCUCAGCAAGCCUCGCAUGGAAGGAUUUACCUGUUUCCCUUCCUAAAGUGGUACAACCUCAAUGUGACCUGCGCGUAUCAUGGAGGAACUCCGGGGCAUGCGGUUGAGCAAUGCAUGGCCCUCAAGCACAAGGUCCAGAGCUUGAUCGAGGUGGGAUGGUUGACGUUCCAAGAAGAUGGGCCAAAUAUGAAGACGAACCCAGUCGCCAACCAUGGAGGAUCGGAUGUAAAUGCAAUUGAGGUGUGUAAACUACAAAAGCCUAAGCAUUUAAAGGACGUAAUGACCUCUAGGAGGUUUAUUUUUGAAGCCUUGCAAGAGGCAGGCGGGGUUCCUAUCGGUGGGCAUAAGGGGGAUCCUUGCUUGAUGUAUCCAGGUGCACCGUAUGAUAUGGAAACAUGUUCGACGGUGGAGGAACUGUUGCAACGGAUGAUAGACCAAGGCCGACUCGAGAUCGGUGACGAGGGUGAGAAAGAGAAACACGUCUAUAUGCAGUCAGUGGACAAGGAAAGUCCCAAGAAGCCCAAGCCUUUGGUGAUACAUUUCACCAAAGAUGCGACUCCCCAAAAGCACCAAGGCCCUUCGACAUUGUUAGGUAGUAAAUUUUUCCGCUUCCCCUAUAAAAACAACAAGGCGGUCCCGUGGAAGUACGCUCUUCAAAAGCUGAGCGAGAGGAAGGAGGAGGCCACCAACAUUGACUCACUUUCUGCCAAAGUGACCAAUAUCACUGGACUAAGCGGCGUGACCCGCAGCGGCUUCAUCUUUGCGGCUCCUGACCUGCUGAGUGAGUUCAAGAUAAUCAAGCAACUCAACAAAACUCCAGCUAGGGUUUCUCUGUUAGAACUACUCAUCAAAUCUGAGCCUCACCGAGCAUUGCUAGUUAAAGUUUUAAACGAGGCCCAUGUGGCCCAAGACAUCUCCGUAAAAGGCUUCGAGGGGAUUGUCAACAAUAUCACAGCCAACAAUUACUUUACCUUCACUGAGGAGGAGAUUCCCAUUGAGGGACGAGGACAUAAUAGGGCUGUGCAUGUAUCCAUCAAAUGCAUGGAUCACAUCAUGGCCAAAGUGCUCAUUGACAAUGGCUCUAGCCUAAAAGUAAUGCCCAAAAGCACCUUGGAGAAAGUGUCAUUCAAUGCCUCCCACAUGAAACCAAGCUCCAUGGUGGUCCGGGCUUUUGACGGAAGUCAUCGGGAAGUAAGAGGGGAGAUCAAUCUCCCAUUCCAGAUAGGACCACACACCUAUCAGGUUACUUUUCAAGUAAUGGAUAUUAACCUAGCCUACAGUUGUUUGUUGGGCCAACCGUGGAUUCACUCGGUGGGAGUCGUCUCCUCAAUGCUCCACCAAAAACUAAAAUUCGUGGUGGAGGGGCACUUAGUCAUUAUUUCAGGGGAGGAAGAUGUUUUGGUAAGCUGCCACUCUUUUAUGCCAUAUGUGGAGGCCGCGAAAGAGUCCUUGGAAACAGCUUUCCUGUCCUUUGAGGUGGUAACCAACACUUUCGUAGAAUUCCUCCUGAUGCGGCCCCAAAUGUCUGGCGUGACAAUGAUGGUGGCCCGUGUGAUGCUAGGGCACGACUAUGAGCCUGAAAUGGGCUUGGGGAAGAAUAAUGACGGCAUGGCAAACUUAGUGGACAUCAACGAAAACCGCGGAAAGUUCAGGCUAGGAUAUAAGCCCACGCGGACUAAUGUGAGAAGAAGCAUCGUAGAAAGGAUGAACAAGGGCGUGGGCCCGCAACUAAGGCCACAAGCGAGGGAGGACCCUUCUUGUCAUAUCAGUAAAAGCUUCGUGAGUGCGGGCUUGAGACAUGAAGAGCAAGUCGCCAUGAUACAUGAUGAAGCCCCUCAAGAACGUUCAGUUUGGGUGCAGUCAUGCCUUCCUGAUCUUCAAUUGGGAAACUUAUCCGAUGACAAGUCCUAUGAAGGUACUAAUACCGAGGACCCUGUCGUCAAUUUUGAACAAGAAGCGAAUCAACCUGAGAUUGAAGAAGACGAAGGUAUGGAAUUUCCCCCUGAGCUAGAAAGGAUGGUCGCUCAGGAGGACCGAGAGAUGAGGCUGCACCAGGAAGAAACGAAAAUCAAAAACUUAGGUUUUGGUGAUGAAAAGAAUGAGGUAAAGGUGGGUAUAGGCAGGUACAGGCAUGGCCACACCAAUCCGAGAUGA